AAUUUCCAAAUCACAGAAAUUUGCGAAUGUCGUCGAUCUCAUUUCAUAAAUUGUUUAUAAAUAAUUCACAAAGACUUCUUUGUUCAUGGACUGUACAUACUAUUGCAUAUAAGUUAAGCUUAAAUAUAGUUAGUGAAGUUUCUUCUUGAGACAAAUAUUAACUAUAGUAUUGCAACAUUCCUUGAUACAUUGUGAAAGUUGUAUAACCAUAAUGAGUGAUUCUAAAUCUUAUGUUAAUUUCUCGUGCCAACGAUGUCUUCAGCCUUUGAAGCUUGAUGAGUCUUUGAACAAUCUUGGAGAACAUACUAUCGCCGAUUUAACACUACAGAUACGUCGUAACAAUGAAGUGGACUUGGAUUUGCAAUCAUCAAGCUUAGAGCACUAUGUUCCACCCUUUCGUAUGUUAGAUUCGGGAAACGGAGCAAAUGGGUUUAUGGUGAUCUCCGACGGGUGGGAAACUACAUCUCUGGGGCAUCAAUUACAUGUAAAAGCAACUUUAUUCGAUCUUUUGUCAAACAACUCUGAUGUAGACCAUCCUUUAUGUGAUGAAUGUACAGAUACUCUAUUAGAACUUAUGGAUAAUCAAUUAAAAAUAACGGAAGCGGAAUGGAAGGAUUAUAAUGAUUAUUUAAAAAAGCUAGAGGAUGAUAAAGAGGAUUUGAAUUUAGAAGGUCUUGAAAAAGAAUUAGAAGAUUGGAAGCAAGAGGAAGAUAGGCUUUUGCAAGAAUUAUCUGCAUUGCAAAAGGAAGAAAAAGCGAUGAAAGAUGAAAUAGAUGUUCAGGAAAAAGAGAAAGAGCGUUUAGAACAAGAGCAAGACAUAUAUUGGAAGGAAUACACUAGAUAUAGAAAGGAUUUAAUGACCACGGAAGAUCAAAUGAAAUUCUAUGAAUGUCAAUUAUCAUAUACACAAGCGCAGCUGGAAAAACUAAAGAAAACCAAUGUAUUUAAAGCUACUUUUCACAUAUCGGAUUCAGGACAGUUUGGUAUCAUAAACAAUUUCAGAUUGGGUCGAUUACCCACAGCUCCUGUAGAUUGGUCAGAAAUAAAUGCCGCGUGGGGACAAACAGUACUGCUACUAUCAUCGUUGGCACGGAAAAUAAAUUUCUGUUUUCAACGAUACAGGCUCGUUCCAUACGGAAAUCAUUCAUACAUAGAGGUGUUGGAGGAUCAAAAGGUAUUGCCGUUGUAUGGGUCAGGGGGAUUCCGGUUUCUCUGGGACACAAAGUUUGACGCAGCUAUGGUCGCCUUCCUAGAUUGUCUGCAACAGUUUAAAGAACAAGUUGAGAAGGGAAAUACAGGGUUUUGCUUGCCGUAUAGAAUAGAUAAGGGCAAAAUUGAAGACACUGCGUCGCCUCCACAUGCAUAUUCUAUCAAAAUACAGUUUAAUUCUGAAGAACAUUGGACGAAAGCUCUGAAGUAUAUGUUAACGAAUUUGAAAUGGGCUUUGACAUGGAUUUCUUCGCAAUUCAGUGAGGAUAAAGUGGAAGGGCAGUGAUUUUAGUAUAAUCUGUGAUAAAUUAGCUAUAUUAUGUUAUCUGUAUUCCAAUAAAGAAUUAUUUAUCA